GGUUGAACUGCUUGAAGUUGUCUCAUAUUUACACCCCAGUGUCUAUUUCAUAUUUUGUCAAAUUCACGUGUAAAACAUUAAGGUUAAUCUAAAUUUAUUUUUAUUUCAUUUUAAUUUAACCGAAGAAAUAUGACAAAAACUAAAAAAGCUAAGAAAAUCGCUCAAAAGCGAUUCGCUCAAAUGAAAAAAAUGAUCAGUCCAAGUGAUCCUAGAAUAAAAGAAACUCUGAGAGCGGCACCUAGAAAAAAGAAACCAGAGGAUCCGACCCAAAUAAAAGUUAGGGAAGUGCCCCAAGCUAGCUCCGCACUAUUUUUCCAGUACAAUACACAAUUAGGACCCCCAUAUCACAUACUGAUUGAUACAAAUUUUAUUAACUUUUCCAUAAAAAAUAAGUUAGACAUAAUUCAAAACAUGAUGGAUUGUUUGUAUGCAAAAUGUAUACCUUAUAUAACUGAUUGUGUUCUUGCUGAACUUGAGAAGUUAGGACAAAAAUAUAAAGUUGCCCUUCGUAUCAUCAAAGAUCCACGAUUUGAAAGAAUUACUUGUAUGCAUCAAGGUACAUAUGCAGAUGACUGUUUAGUAAAUAGGGUUACUCAACACAAAUGUUAUAUUGUGGCAACAAAUGAUAAGGACUUAAAAAGGAGAAUUAGGAAAAUUCCUGGUGUUCCUAUAAUGUAUGUGUCACAACAUAGAUAUAACAUUGAAAGAAUGCCAGAUGCAUAUGGCGCUCCCAAACGAUGAAUAAUGUAUAUUUCAUUAAUAAAACUUAUAUUAAGCAAA